GACAGGUUUAUUAUGUUUGGGUUAUUUGAAAUGGGCUGAAAAUGUCAAUUGAUUUUUAUCUCAGCUUUUUACUUUCAAUUUUUUUUUGCCAGCUUCUGAUUUUCCUUCGAUUUUAUUAUAUUGAUUCGAGUCGAUGUUUUUUACUCUGAUUAAGUGCAGUCAAAAGUUUUCUUAGAAUUUUCUUACAAUGAGCGACUUUAGCAAAGAUUACAUAGCUGAUAUAAUUGAUGAAAUUGCUUUAGAAGGCCUUGAUGGAAUAACUCUUGAAGCAUUAUGGGUUAGAUUGUCAGAGAGACCAAGGUUUAUGUUUAAACCUACUGAUAAACAAGUGAAAAAAUAUCUUUGGAUUAUUGUCUCUAAAUUACCCAAUGUUGAGUUCUUCACUUUGCCAGAAGCAAGGCCAAAUCUGUUCACAUUCAAUCGUCUUGAACAUAUUGACUCCAAUGGUAACUUUUAUGAACCUGAAGACUUUCCUCCAUGCAUAUAUCCACAUUGCCCUAUCGAGGACAAAGGAAUCAUGGGUUCUUGUUCUACUUAUAAAGAAAGAGAAAAUGUGUCUCAAAUAGUUCGCAAAGAGUCUUAUGAAACAGUUGAGAGACGAGGAAACCAUUUAAUUAUUGUCGCAAAUCAAAACACCAGAACCAGAGCAAUAUGUUCGAUGGACUUCAAUCCUUUGACCGAAUUAGGUGUCAUCCAAUACUGUAUUUUAGAAAGAAUUGGCCGGUCAAGGUAUCAAGGUGAGGUUACUCAAGGCAAAAGAGGGCUUCAAGUUGUCACUGAUGAUCCCAAAAUGCUUUAUUAUUUUAGGAAAUUGCUGGUCAAAAACAAACUAGUUACAAAGCAGGUACCAUACAGAACUGUUAAUCCAAAUUCAAAACCAAGUGAUUGGAAAAUGAAGUCGACUGGUGAAGAGAGAAAUGUAAGAGUUGUAAUGCUGAUUAAUUCCAAUUUGUCUAAAGAUGAUGAUGAAGAUGAAGAUGAUGAAGAGGAGAUAGAAUAUACUCUUUCCAAGGAGGUUCGGGAUGAGAAAACUAAAUUGCUCGAAGCUAUUAGUGUAAAUACUGAAAUAUGCGAUGAUCAUUCUCCAACUGAUACAAAUUGUGAUGUUCCCUCCACCAAUCAGGGAGCAGAAGUUCCUGAAGUCCUCUUGGUUGAAGAAAAGGGACCUGAUCUAAUUGAGGAUGUGAACAAUCCUGGAACCGCUGAAAAUUCUGCGGCUAAGAGUAGAGGUGGAACUCCUUCGUGUAUGGAAGAAAUUGAAGCUGAAAUUAUUAUUCAAUCCUCUAGUGAUAGACCAACAUUAAGCUUAACAGAGGAAAUGAAGUACCUCGAUAAAGGUGACACUAAUAAUAGCCUCACUGCAAGAAUGUUGAAGAGAGCAAGUUUAAUUGUGCAGUCUGUUAAUAUUCUUAAGGUGAUUCAAGAUUUCCAGAAGAUUCAAAAGAUAAUUAAUGAAGAAGAAGAAUCUGAAGGUCUAAAGCAAACUGUUGACAGAAAAACAGUACAAAGAUUACUUGAUAAACUUGAAAUUGACGGCCUUGUUAGAAUUAUUAAAGUCAAUCUUAAAGGGCAUGGCAAAGAAAAGAAUAUGGUCUUUAUCUGUCACCCAACUGUUAACGAGAAUCAUUCUGAAAUUCAGUCAGCAAUAGAACAAGCAAAAAUGAAGUUACCCAUAGUUUCGGCUCAUCACACAAAAAAAUCUAUUUUAAAGAAAAUUCAAGAUAAGCGUCUAAAGCAGCCCACUUAUAAGCAUGAUGUUAGAGCAGGUCGGAAAUAUGGAUACAAACCAAAAUUUAUUAGGAUGCGUAUAUUUCACAUGUAUAUGUACUACCUCAUUUAUGGCUAUGAAGGCAGUUGUGAUAUAGACCAGUCGUGUAAAAAUGAUAUAUUAAAACAGUUGGAACUAGACGAUUCAUUGCUAGAGGAAAUGUCGACUGUCUACAGGAACGAAAUUGAUUGGAAAAUGUUUCUACCUCCCUUGCCUACUCAUGCAGGUAUAAGAAACAGUAUGACUGGGCAGUCAGUUGUUGUUGAGUCAGUGAAUACCAAAAAAGAGCUACUUGCAUCUCUCCAUCCAAAAACUGUUGAAGAAGCGAAAUCUUGUGACGUAGGAUAUCUUCCUGGAGACCAUCUUGGUGCUGCUGGUCUUGAUUCUGAUAUGUUUGUGCACCUCAAGCGAAAUUGGUAUUGGACUGGGAAAUGUAAGAGUGAUGAUUCCAUACAUCGCAGCAUGUACCCUACUGUCAUCAAGGAGUUGUAUAAUAAAUCUUUAAAAAGGAGGAAAGUACAGGAACCAACUCCUCCUUCGACUGUCUCGCAACCUCCUUCACCUCAACCUACUGAGAAACUAAAGAAAGCUAAAAGUGUUGUUACUCAAUCGCAUUUCAAACUAGCCAGUACAGCAAGAAAGUCAAAGGCGAUUUCGAAGAAAAAAACAAGAAUUGUGAAACAGAGGAAAACCAGAUAUGCAAGGAAACCCUAUUAUGACCAGAUAGAUAAAGAUGCUUUGUCUAGGAUGGUUAAAUUGAGAGUUGAUUGGUCUCCAAUAGAAGAUAAUCUUCUGCUUAUAUGCAAAGUGGCUUCUCUAUAUUUGUCACCGGACAAGAGACGACAUGUUGCUAAAAAUUUCUGUGCUGUACGUGAAGUCCUACAUUCAACAUAUCCAGGAGCUAUAGAAAAAUUGGACGCUUUGCUCAAAUCACAAGGGGAAGGCCCUAAAGGUUACCAACAAGAAUAUGAUAAAAUAUUUGUAAAUUUGAUUCAUACGUUAUUCAAAAAAUUAAAGAACAUCAAUAAUAGUGACAAUACAAAUAUUGAUGUUUCCAUUCCAGGAUCACUUGCAGAGUUUCAUUCAAAGUAUCAAGUUGUAGUACCACGCACCCUAACCUUAAGGUAUGGAUCGUUUCAAGAAGUUCAUAAAACUACGGAUAUCUUAGCUUCUGUUGUGAACUCUGUUAUACAUAUUGAAAUGCAAGUUGAAUUUCCCGAUCAGUUAAUCGUGUUAGAUCCAAGACUGUCUGAAACAGAAGAAAGCUAUAAAUUAAUUAUGAAGAGAUUCAGAGAAAUGUUAUCCAUUAUUAAAGAUGCCAGGCAGAAGGAAAAGAAGACAUUACUGAGUGAAGAUGAAUUUGAUGAAGAUGAAGAUGAAGAUAAAACUAUUCCACCUGAAGAAGAAAGUGAGCCUUACUUUGAACAGUUUAACUUAAAAAACAAGGUCGGAGUCGCAAAUACCGCCUCUCGUUUGGCUUUAUAUUUGAUGAGAGAUGAACCUUUGGAACAGCUGGAUCAGAGUCUACAGCAUGCCCAUGAUUACUUUGUCUUGAAUCCUUGCAAGGUAACUGCUCAGAUGGACAAGACUGAAGUUGAGAAUACUAUUUUUUUCAAAGAAAAUAAAAUGAAAAUCUUGUCAGACAUUAAGAGGUUAUACACUUUCCCAGGAAAUGAAGUUGAAAUUGGCCGUAUUAUUGAUAGUUUAAAAACUGAUUUUCCUGAAGAACUUAUUGUUUCAUUGUUGAAAUAUUUAGAAAGCAAAGGUGAUCUCGGUGCAACAUUCAAAAACAUUAAGGUUAAAUUUGGUGAAUCUAAAGAAAUUGUUGAAUUGUUGUCAAGGCUUGUUGAUGAACAAUAUAUAUUAAAGACAGGAGUGAUAAAAGUUCGAUAUGUGCAUCCCAAAUUCUGCAAACCAUGGCUUGUUAAAUCAUUUCACCUUCUUCGACAUAAUCGUGAAAACAUGGAAACUUUCAAUACUAAUUCAACGUACACAAUAUCAUUUAUCAACAGUGACAAGAAAAAAAGAAAAGCCAAGACUGAAACAGCAGUAGAUGCAAAUCAAAGUAGUUCUAUAGUUUCUGAAGAAAUAAAAAAAGAUGAGCCUCUUGCUAAAAAAAUUAAACCAAAUGAAAUCAGCUCUAAUAAUAUGGAAAUUGAUUCAGUCGAUCUAUCUAAUAAGGAAGAUGGAUUAGUUGAUGAAAGUUGUUCAGCAGUCCAGAACGUUGAAAACAAAAGAAAACAUGAAGGAGAUGAUAGUAAUUCUGAGGCACUGCCAAACAAAAUAGUGAAACUUAGCGAAUCUUUAGAAUGUGCACCGGCUGAAAAAAUAGAUUUUGAAGAAUCAAAGACCGGCAGUUCUGCUGCAAAUGAAGGAAACAUAAGCUCCAUUAAUUCUGAACUAGCUGUUUCAGACACAUUACCUCAGCUACCUGAAUCUACAACUGAUUUGGAUAAAUUUAAUAUAGAGUCUAUUCCGUGUGCUGUUGAUACAAAUGAAAACGAAGCCAUCCCAAUUUCUGACCCACCUGUUUCAAACAUCUCUUGUCAGUCACCUAAACUUGCAUCUAAUUUGGAGUCUGAUCAUUGUUCUGUUGAAACUAAGGAAAAUAGUGAAUCUUCUUCCACUUCAGAUUCACCUGUUUCGGACAUCUCUUCCCAGUCACCUGAAUCUCUUUCUAAUUUGGAGUCUGCCCCAUGCAAUGUUGGAACAAAGGAAAAUAGUGGAUCGUCUUCCACUUCUGAUAUACCUAUUUUGAAAAACUCAUCUCAGUUGCCUGAAUCUAUUUCUAAUUUACAGUCUAAUCUGUGCAUUGUUGAAAAUAAGGAAAAUUCUGAAUCCUCUUCUACUUCAGAUUCACCUAUUUCAAACUCGCCUCAGUCACCUGAACUUGUAUCUGAUUUAAAAAUAUUUAAUACUGGCGCUGUUGAAAAUAAAGAACCUCUAUCUGAUUUAGAAAAACCUAGUAUGGGAUCUAAUUCAUGUGCUACUGAAAAUCAGGAAAAUAAUGUCACCUCUUCAACUCCCCAAUCAUCUGUUUCAAAUAACUUGUUGCAAUUACCAAAACCUAUAUUUAAUUUGGAAACAUUUGAUAUGGAAUGUAAUUCAGGUAAAGUUGGAACUACGGUAGAUAGCGAAUCCUCUUCAACUUCUCAACUACCUGUUUCAAAUAAAUUGUUGCAAUUGCCAGAACCUAUAUUUAAUUUGGAAAAAUUUGGUGUGGAUUCUAUUUCAAAUUCAGUUGUAACUACUUCUCAGACAGCUGUUUCAAAUAACUCUUCGCAAUCGCCUGAGAGAACGUCUAAUACAGAAAACACAGAAGAGGCAUUGGAAGAGAAUUCACGUGUUAUAAUGAAGGCUACAAGAAAGAAAUGGGUUUCGAUGUCUAACGAAAAUUUUAGCCAGCUUACAAAGUUUGAUGCAUCAGAUGUGAAAAAUGUUAAUAUUGUAACUCGGCCAUGGAUAAAAGUAGAUGGUAACUUGAAUCGGCGUGUUCUGGACAGGAUGCUCGGUUCUGUUUUGGGCCAUUGCUUAACUUGCCCUGGAAUAACUGUCCAAAAACUUCAAGAAAGAUUUACACCGGCUCUACAGCCAGUUCACACUUUUGAACUAGUUGAGAUUUUACAACGUAUUGGAUGUGUGAAAUUAUUUACAAUGAAGAGAUCUUGGAAAUGUACCCUUUUUUCGAAAAGGGCGACUGUAUCAAAAGAACCAUCAACUGGUCUAGAAAAUCCUGCUGAUAUGUUGAUUGAUACUGAUCCACUUGCAAUAUCAAAGUUGGGUUACUUCAUUGGAGAUAAGAAUUAUACAAUUGACUAUCUCGAUGCCCUGACUGACUCAAAAGUUGGUUAUUAAGAGAAAGAACUUCAUUCCAAUGUAUAAAUGUACAUAUGUGAAUUGUAAAUAUGAAAUUGUGUACUUUGUAAAUCAUUAUUAUUUUCAAUAAAAAUAUUUAGAAUUUUGUUUUA